CGAGUUGCGGCCAUUUUAUUUCUCUGUAGCGUUUGAGACGGUUGUCGUGCUGUACUUGAAAUAAUCAGUCUCACAAAUUAUUUUUCAAUUUUUAAAUUUUAAUUAAAAUUAAUUUAUAAUCAUGAGGGAAAUUGUGCACAUUCAAGCUGGUCAAUGCGGAAACCAGAUUGGAGCUAAGUUCUGGGAAAUCAUCUCUGAUGAACAUGGUAUUGACCCAACUGGAGCUUACCAUGGAGACUCUGAUCUUCAACUUGAACGUAUUAAUGUAUACUACAAUGAAGCAUCAGGUAGUGGAAAAUAUGUUCCCCGUGCUAUAUUAGUUGAUUUGGAACCAGGCACCAUGGAUUCAGUGCGAUCUGGACCUUUUGGUCAGAUCUUCAGACCAGAUAACUUUGUAUUUGGUCAAUCUGGGGCAGGUAACAACUGGGCUAAAGGACAUUACACUGAAGGUGCUGAACUUGUAGAUUCAGUACUUGAUGUUGUCAGGAAAGAAGCUGAAAGUUGUGACUGCCUUCAAGGUUUUCAAUUAACGCAUUCAUUGGGUGGAGGUACUGGAUCCGGUAUGGGAACUUUAUUAAUCUCAAAAAUUCGUGAAGAAUAUCCUGAUAGAAUAAUGAAUACAUAUUCAGUUGUUCCAUCACCUAAAGUGUCAGAUACUGUUGUAGAACCUUAUAAUGCCACUUUAUCUGUUCAUCAAUUAGUUGAAAACACUGAUGAAACUUAUUGUAUUGACAAUGAAGCUUUAUAUGAUAUAUGUUUCCGUACUCUUAAACUUACCACUCCAACCUAUGGAGACUUAAACCAUUUGGUUUCUUUGACCAUGUCAGGGGUAACAACUUGUCUCAGAUUUCCUGGACAGCUUAAUGCUGAUCUCCGUAAACUUGCUGUCAAUAUGGUUCCUUUCCCUAGAUUACAUUUCUUCAUGCCUGGAUUUGCUCCUCUUACCUCACGUGGCAGUCAACAAUAUAGAGCAUUGACUGUACCUGAACUUACCCAACAAAUGUUUGAUGCCAAGAAUAUGAUGGCAGCUUGUGACCCACGACAUGGACGUUACUUGACCGUUGCAGCAGUUUUCAGAGGUCGUAUGUCCAUGAAAGAAGUUGACGAACAAAUGUUAAACAUUCAAAAUAAGAACUCAAGCUACUUCGUUGAAUGGAUCCCUAACAAUGUUAAAACAGCUGUCUGUGACAUUCCUCCAAGAGGUUUGAAAAUGUCUGCUACUUUUAUUGGUAAUUCAACUGCCAUUCAAGAAUUAUUUAAGAGAAUCAGCGAACAAUUCACUGCUAUGUUCAGGCGUAAAGCUUUCUUGCAUUGGUAUACUGGUGAAGGUAUGGAUGAAAUGGAAUUCACUGAAGCUGAAUCAAACAUGAAUGAUCUUGUAUCUGAAUACCAACAAUAUCAAGAAGCUACCGCUGAUGAGGAAGCUGAAUUUGACGAAGAACAGGAACAAGAAGUUGACGAAAACUAGACAUGUUUUAGAUAGCUUUAAAAUACAAUUUUUGUUACUAUUAUUUUAAAUGAGAUCCUGUAUAUUAAUCCUUUUUUUUUAUACUUAUGCUUAAUUCAUUCCAUCUUAAAACUUCUUUUGUACUAAAAAAUCACUGCUUUUUUAUUUAAAUUAUAAUAUUGAACAAUAUAGCUUUAUGACAUUAAACUUUGGAAUUAUUUUCAAGCACA